AUGUGCACUAAGAACUAUGAAACAGUAGUCAUAUCAAUACUGCACGAGUUGUGCAUCUCCGAUGAUAUCGAAAACCAUGGAAAAGCUGCAUUUCUACUUCUCUGCAGUCCAGGUGGACACAACGAUCAAACUAUUUUUUGUAACCUUGCACAUCUUAGUGUGGGUAUGAUGAAUGACUCAGAAGGCUCGGCGAACGAUUUCAAUGCAAGAUUCACGAGCGAUCACCUGGGCCUAAAAGCAAUUCUUGAUUCAGCUGGGCCACUUCAUCUGUGUAAUAUCAACUUUGUGGACAAUGACUUCCUCACGACAAGAGCAAUUUCUAUGACGAACCUUACGGCUUUUGAGGAAAGCCAGAGCCUGCUCAUCGCGUUCUCUUUCAUUGCACGUGCUGUUUGUGAUUGGAUCACCACCGCUGGCAUCGCAUGUCAUAGCAUGAUAACGAUGAUCGACCGGUUGAUUUAUUGGACUAUCGAAACUGCUCUGGUCACCAGUGAUGGUGUUGGUAAGGACUUUACCAUAUCUCUUAAUGAAGCAUCCUCUCUAACUAGCUUCAAGUUUCUAGUCCUUAAGCAGAACUUUGUAGGGAACUCCUUGUUAGCCUCAUUGAAUCGACGGUCGCUCCUUCGGGAGACUUGGAGGGCCCCAAGAAGCGAUACUCGGAGUCAUGGUGGUAGUUUGUGUACGACAGUGUUCAGAGCCGGAGCUACGCAACCACAAGCAGAGUCCAGAGCAUCAGAGAACUUCAAUGAUCGAGAUUUACAAGUAUAAACGGAACUCGUUAUUGAUUUUGGUGUGAAUAGAAGACGAGAUGAUUUGCUCUUGACAUUUUGUAGGUUGUUAUUAGGCAUGGAUUGUAUGUCUACAUACUAUAAGCACG